AUGAAAGCUUCAAACAUCGUUGCUGUGGCUGCAGCACUAAAAUUAAGUCUUGCCACAAAUGUGACCAUUAUUCGACCUAAUGAUCCAUUCCUUCCGGACAACAAGCUUCCACCAUCGCAUGCCACUUCGGAUGGCGCAUCGAUCGUCCAGCUUUUCGCAAACCUCGGCCGAUCCACAACUUGGAAACUCAUCUCGAAGACCCAUUUUGAAGGGGACACAGGCGAACCAGAAGGCAUGGUCCGUGUUGGUGACGACCGAUUCUUCGUCUCAGCCGGUCAAUAUACUGUCGCGACCCAGAAAUAUGCUCAUCCGAUCAACGGCACGGACCGAAGCCCAGGCGCAGGCUUCGCACAUAUGCUUAUAUACGAUAGUCAGGGUAGGCUCAUUGCCAAUGCUACUCUGACACCUCCAGGGGAUAUUGAGUACCACACAGGUGGUAUCGAUUACGACGGCCGCUACAUUUGGGACGCAAUAGCUCAGUAUCGGCCAAAUACCACAGCAACGAUUGUUCGCAUCGACCCUCUUACUUUGCAAAAAGAGGCCCUGUUUCGUACCCAUGACCAUAAUGGUGGGAUCGUGCACGAUACAAUUACUGAUGACAUUGUCACGCUGAAUUGGGGUGGUCGCAAUGCCACAACCUGGUCGAUGAAGGACUAUCCCGAAGGAUUUGCCCCUCUUCCCGCCUUCACUGAGGCAAAGUCGUCCGUGUCAGACCCAUCAUUCUUUGUUGAUUAUCAGGAUUGCAAGUUUCUUGGUCAUCAUGCAUUACCUAGUGCUAUGUCAGCCCGGUUUGGAGGUUGGAAUCCCACAAGGCCAAUUAUGUUUUGUGGUGGUGUUGCUACGAUCGAAUCAUCCUCGUCCUCGUUCAACCUGGGAGGUAUUGCUCUGAUCGAUCUGCAGACCAUGUUGCCGCUCUGGGAGGUACCUAUUUCCUUGACAAGUGAUCUCGGCACAUCCAUGACAGAGAACCCCAUCGAUAUCGCAGUUGUGGAUGGCAAAUUGAGGAUCUAUUGUCUUCCUGAUCAGCACAAUUCAACCUUGUAUGUUUAUGAGGCGGUAUGA